GGGGAGUGUGCAUGAGCGUGCGUUUCAUCCAGAUUUAACAGAGACUGAAGCAUCACUUCAACAGGGAAACUACAAGUCGUCUUCUUACAGAACCGUGUCCAGCGGCGCAUGAAUAAUGUGUGGAAUCUUUGCCUACCUAAAUUACCGAGUGUCUCGCACCAGAAAGGAGAUAUAUGAGACGCUGGUGAAGGGACUGCAGAGGCUGGAGUACAGAGGGUACGAUUCAGCAGGUAUUGCUGUAGAUGGCCCUAACAAGACAACCACUGAGAUCAACAACAACUCUAUCUGCUUGAUCAAAAAGAAGGGGAAGGUCAAGGCUCUGGAUGAGGAGCUAUACAAGAAAGACUCACUGGAACUCGACACGGAGCUGUACACACACUUUGGACUGGCUCACACUCGCUGGGCCACACACGGUGAGCCGAGCCCUGUCAACAGCCAUCCUCAGCGCUCUGACAAGGACAACGAGUUUGUCGUCAUCCACAAUGGCAUCAUAACCAACUACAAAGAGCUGAAGGAAUACCUGAUCACCAAAGGAUAUGAGUUUGAGUCAGAGACGGACACAGAGGUGAUCCCAAAACUGAUCAAAUAUGUUUAUGACAACCGAGAGAACGACAGCGUCACCUUCUCCAUGCUGGUAGAGAGGGUCAUCCAGCAGCUGGAGGGAGCCUUUGCGUUGGUGUUUAAAAGCCGUCAUUACCCUGGAGAGGCAGUGUCUACCAGGAGAGGAAGUCCGCUGCUCAUCGGUGUGCGAAGUGAGCAUGAGCUGCCGACUGAGCACAUCCCCGUCCAGUACAACAGCUCUCAUCUUAAGGAGGGAGUCCAAGAGAAGAACAGCCAUAACCGGACUGACUGCCCCAAUGCCAUUAACUCUGUGGGGGAUGGCAGACCUGUGGAGUAUUACUUUGCAUCUGAUGCAAGUGCCAUAAUUGAGCACACCAACAAAGUGCUGUACCUGGAGGAUAAUGACAUUGCAGCUGUAAGAGGAGGGAAUCUCUCAAUCCACAGGAUAAACCGGCAGGCAGGCGAAGAUCCAGUGAGAGCCAUUCAGACCCUGCAGAUGGAGCUGCAGCAGAUCAUGAAAGGAAACUUUGAUGCCUUCAUGCAGAAGGAGAUCUUUGAGCAGCCAGAGUCAGUAUUUAACACUAUGAGAGGCCGGAUUUGUUUCGACACCAACACAGUGGUUCUCGGAGGGCUGAAGGACCACCUGAAGGAGAUCAAACGUUGCCGACGGCUAAUUGUGAUCGGUUGUGGCACCAGUUUCCAUGCUGCAGUCGCUACCAGACAGAUCCUGGAGGAGCUGACAGAGCUGCCUGUCAUGGUGGAGCUGGCAAGUGACUUCCUGGACCGCAACACACCUGUCUUCAGAGACGACGUUUGCUUUUUCAUCAGCCAAUCAGGUGAGACCGCGGACACUCUGAUGGCACUGCGCUACUGCAAAGAGCGUGGUGCUCUGACAGCUGGUGUAACCAACACCGUGGGAAGCUCCAUUUGCAGAGAAACUGACUGUGGAGUCCACAUCAAUGCUGGGCCAGAGAUAGGAGUCGCUAGCACUAAGGCAUAUACCAGUCAGUUUGUGGCACUCAUCAUGUUUGGCUUAAUGAUGAGUGAGGACAGACUCUCCCUGCAGACGAGAAGACUGGAGAUAAUCAGCAGCCUCAAGGUGCUACCUGAACUGAUAAGAAAGGUGUUGUCACUGGAUGAAAAGAUUAAGACCAUUGCCAAUGAAUUAUAUCAGCAAAGGUCCCUUCUGGUUAUGGGCCGAGGUUACAAUUACGCUACCUGUCUUGAGGGGGCGCUGAAAAUUAAAGAGAUCACGUACAUGCACUCGGAGGGCAUCCUGGCCGGAGAGCUGAAGCAUGGUCCUCUGGCACUUAUAGACAAGCACAUGCCCAUCAUCAUGGUCAUCAUGCGUGAUGCCUGCUAUAUAAAGUGUCAGAAUGCUCUGCAGCAAGUCUCUGCCAGAUCGGGUCGACCUAUCAUCAUCUGUUGCCAGGGCGAUUCUGAUGUGACCAAGAAUGCCUACCAGACCAUUGAGCUGCCACAAACUGUGGACUGUCUCCAGGGUGUCCUUAGUGUCAUCCCCCUGCAGCUGCUUUCAUUCCACUUGGCUGUUCUGCGUGGAUAUGAUGUUGAUUGUCCCAGAAACUUGGCCAAGUCUGUAACGGUGGAAUAAUUGCUGUUCAGAAAGCCCAGAAGAUAAGAGAAGUGGCUUUACGAAAUUUACAGUUCAGUUGUGCAAUCAAAUAUUCUGUGUGUGUGUGUGUGGGUGGGGGGGGUGAAUGUGUGCGUGAUUGUGUGACAGGGGAAGUAUGGAGCCUGGGUUUAUUUGUGUGGAUGAGCUGAAGUAGUGAGACUGAAAGAAAGUGAUGGAUGAAAGAAAGUACAAGAUAUGAUGAAUUUAAAAGUAGAAAAAUGUGAAAUCUGACCAAUCCACUGCUGCAGAAUGGACUGUACCAUUGAGGUCUUGUGGAACAACCUAUGAAGACAACACUUUAACCUGCUGUGCCUUUUUAAAAUCGUGACUUGAGCCAAACACGUCACGGGUAUAACAGAAAAACAUUGAAAUGGUACAAUGAAGUGUUUAUAACUGUGCAAUAUGGGCACCAAAUGUGCAUUAUGAAUGUACACAAUCACAUGGUGAUUAUUUUCUCUUCUUAUUUUAUGAAUUUAUCUUGUCCAUAGAAAGGGGGGCGGGGUGUUACUGUUUUUGUAUAAUUACAAAAUAGUCAUAACAAUCUCGCUUUUGUAUAUUUCCUUUUAAAUUCAUUAUUGUACAUGAAGGGGUUGUAGUCCAUAAUCUUAUUUUCGUAUUUUAUAUUUUAUUUUAAUUAAAAUAUAUUGUUCGAAGCUCAUUGCAGAAUGACCCCCACCCCCUUUAAAAAAAAAACAAUCUGCACUUCUUUAGAAAAGCAUUAUUGGUCUUAUUGGAAGA